CUACCGUGUCGCAACUUUUUCCCGCAGUGUGGCGGUCGUUCGCUCUACAUUUUGGACUGUGUUAUGAAACGGAAUCACUAUUUCUCUUAAAAAAUUGUGAAUGAUAACGAAUUCAGUGACACUUGGAGUUUAUUAUUUGGAGACUUAUUUUCAUUAAGGAAAUUAGCAGCCAUGCUGCUAAGCGAGGGACGGAUUUGGGCUUUCGUCUGUCUGCAAGUUUUAGUUACAUUGCCCACCUUAGCAAUCGAGAAAGAUGAUUCCUCUGCUUUAGAAGGCUGCCCAUCUCCAGAUUCCUACGUCUGCCAGGAAUCAGCAGACAGCAGGGAGAAAAAACGGCCAUUGUGUGUGCCCAAACUUUGGCUGUGCGACGGGGACCAGGACUGUGAAAAUGGGGAUGAUGAGUUUAACUGCACAAAUUCCCACUGUGCAAGCCACCAUUUCCAAUGCUCUGAUGUGUCCCAAGUCAGAUGUAUUCCCCAGAGCUGGCAGUGCGAUGGGGAGAAUGACUGUGAUCUCGGGGAGGACGAAGCCCCUGAAAUAUGUCGGAGGAAGUCGGAGAAAAGUCGGACAAUGUCUAAAAAAGGAACUUGGUCCCGAGGUAACCUUGUGGACAACUUCAAGUGUCCCAACAAGUUCCGAUGUCCGAAAACACAAACCUGUAUCAGUGUAGAACAAGUGUGUGACGGUACAACAGACUGUGAGUCGUACGGGGCUGAUGAGGGACCCCAUUGUAUAAAUAGAGCAUGCAGGGUAAAGAAAUGUCCAGGAAAUAUGUGUAAAGAGACCUACCAAGGCCCAAUGUGCUAUUGUGAAGAGGGCAAAGAGUACAAUAACUCUGCUUGUAUUGAUUUGAAUGAGUGCAACUACCCUGGAUUCUGUGAUCAAAUGUGUGUCAAUUUUGACAAGGGAUAUAACUGCUCAUGUAAAGCAGGAUAUCAGCUUGUUGGAAAGGGGAGUUGUAAAAUUAGUGAUAAAGCCCCUGCACCUGUGCUUGUGGUGGCUGGGUUCAGAAAUAUCACGCUGUUCCAGAUCCCUUCUAAUGAUGACAGGCCAUUCACUGUUGUACCAUUUAAUGGACCGGGUUAUUCUAUAACAGCAAUGGAUGUUGAUGUUAAAAAUAAUUCUGUUUGCUGGGUAACACAUUCUGAAGAUUUAGUCCAAUCCAAGUUUGUCUGUGCUAGGGUAGAUAACUCUGCAGUAACAUGGGAGAUAAAAACUCAAUACGCUCUAAAAAAUGUGAAGUCUGUGGCCAAAGACUGGAUCUCUGGUAACUGGUAUUUUUCUGAUGAGUUUAAGGAGGUGAUUUUUUUCUGCACCAGUGAUGGAAGCUACUGCCAGAAUAUUCUCUCUAUGGGGAUCAAGCGACCUAAGCGUAUAGCUGUGGACUCGACUAAAGGAUUUCUUUUCUACUGUGAUUGGUCAUCUGAUGCGAUAGCUCCGAUUGGCCGAUUAGACUUGGAUGGAAGCAAUCACAUGAAACUAGCCAGCAUUAAAAUUGCACAUCCUAAUGGCUUAACACUAGACCUUGCAAACUCUCAUGUGUACUGGGGGGAUUCUUAUCUAGACGUCCUAGAGAGGAUGGAUUACAAUGGACGCAACAGGAUGGUCAUUGCCAAGGGUCGAGAUACAUUUAAUGUCUUUGGGAUGACCAUUCUGGAGAACUACCUUUACGUGGCGGAUGACAUAAGCAACAAAGUCAUCCGCAUCCACCGCUUCCACAGUGACUUCCCACACAAGGAUGUCAUCAGUGACAAUGUCAAGCCCUCAGCCAUGAAGCUUCUCCACUCAGUCAUGCAGCCCAUUGACAGUGAUACAGAUGUGUGUACCCAAGCUGGCUGUGAACAAAUUUGUAUUCCUAUCCCUAAUAGAGCGACAAACAUGGUUAAGGCAUCAUGCAUUUGCAAGGCUGGGUAUACAUUAGUAGACCAAAAGAAAUGUGAAAAGAGAACUACAAAGAAAUUUUUUAUCCUGACAAACGGUCAGCAAGGAAUGAUACACUUUGUCUCAACUGAGUUGAAUGAAGCUGAUCUUGAAAUUUACCCUCCCAUUGCCAAUUUGGGCCGACCCAAAUCUGUGGAUUUUGACUCAGUGGAGGGUUACAUCUACUUCUAUGAUAAUGUGCUGCACUCCCUCAGGCGUAGGAAGUUUGAUGCUGAUACAGAAUCUGAAGUUUUUGUUGAGCAAGGUGUGAACUGUGAUGGUCUAGCUGUGGACUGGCUGGGCAGGAAUGUUUAUUGUGCUGACACAGGCAGGAACAAAAUCUUGGCCAUCAGCAUCAAGAACAGCAGUUACAUGUACACCCUCUUGGACUCAGAGAAAGCCAAAUCUUUGAUCAACCCAAAAGCACUGGCCAUUGACCACAGAAAAGGAACCCUGUAUUGGACUGACUGGGUGAUCUCCCCUGGCGUAGGAAAUCCUAGCAUCAACUCUGUCAGCAUGGAUGGCAGCCAGUUGAACAAAAUAGAGUCCAAGGGAAUCCAGUGGCCUAAUGGCCUAGUUCUUGAUGCUGCAAAAGACACCUUAUACUGGACAGAGGCUUUCUAUGACAGGAUUGAGUCUAUGUCCACAACAGGUGAAAGAAGAAAGACUGAAGUCAACUUCACCAGCAACCUGCACCCGUAUGGGCUGACCAAACUGGACAACAGGCUACUGUGGGCUGAGUCAAUGGACGGGAGUCUGAUGCAGCUAAAUCUUAGCACAAGCAAGGCAGUCUUCUAUCGCAAUGGUAGUGCCCCUGUGUUUGAUGUCAAGCUGUAUGAUGAUGAAUUACAACCUAGAGGUACCAACCCAUGUGCCAACAACCACUGCAGUGAUCUGUGUCUGCUGACCACUGCUGGCGGCCAUGUGUGCAGGUGUGCUGAUGGGAGGACAUCCACAGAUGAUGGAGUCACCUGCACAGGAAAUGUGGCCCCUAGACAGUGCCAGAAAAUUCUGGAGUUUCAGUGUAAAAAUGGUGACUGCAUACACAGUGCCAAGACAUGUGAUGGUCAUUUUGAUUGUAAAGAUCACUCAGAUGAGGAUACGAGCAGCAAUGGAGUGUGUGCCAACCGCACCUGUCACGGCAGCGAGAUGUUUGCCUGCAACACGUCCAUCUGUAUUUACCUGCAGUUCAGGUGUGAUGGGGAGCCUGACUGUGCCCAUGGGGAGGACGAACAAGGCUGUGACAGCCACACCUGUAGUGAUGACCACAUACAGUGCCAGUCCAACAAACAGUGUAUACCCCGCGGCUGGAAGUGUGAUGGGGAGAAGGACUGCCCCGAUGGCUCAGACGAAGAUGACCAUGUGUGCUGUCAGGAUGGGAAGUGUGGUAAAACCACUUGCGGACAUGAUCAGUUCCAGUGUCUAGAUGGCAGGUGUAUCAGUUAUGAAUUCAGGUGUGAUAAUGAAUACGACUGUAAAGAUAACUCGGACGAGCUUGACUGUGGAGAAUGGUGUGACCCCAUCAGAGAGUUUAAAUGUGUCAAUGAAAGCCGCUGCAUACCUAAGCUGUACAAGUGUGAUGGGGAGAACAAUUGCCUAGAUGGGGCUGAUGAAAAGGGAUGUGAGAAGAGAGUGAAGGUCUGUAAAAGAGAUGAGUUUGCUUGUACUGAUGGCACCUGCAUAAAGUCCAUCUACCGCUGUGACGUCAACAAGGACUGCUUGGAUGGCUCUGAUGAAAUGGAUUGCUCAAAAAACACCACCCAGAAAACAUGCCACUGGUCUGAGUUCAAGUGUGCUGAUGGGGAGCAGUGUAUACCAUCCUUUUGGCAGUGUGAUGAUGAAUUUGAUUGUAAAGACAAAUCUGAUGAGAAAGGUUGUGCCAAGUGCCAUUCUCCUAACUUUGCCUGCAAGACCCAUGAAACAAUGUGCAUCCCACCAGAAAAGCUGUGUGACAACCAGAACGAUUGCCCUGAUCAUUCUGAUGAAGGGAGGCUUUGUGAGUAUGACAUGUGCCUGAACCAUGACUGUGAGUACACGUGCCACAAAUCACCUGAGGGGUUCCUCUGUUCAUGCCCACCUGACAAGAUACUCAAAAAUGACAACAAAACCUGCAUGGACAUCAAUGCAUGUGAAAAGUGGGGUACCUGUAGCCAGUUGUGCCAGCAGACGCCAAAUGGCCACCAUUGUUAUUGUAACCCUGGUUACACACUAGAAUCUGAUCACUUUAGCUGUAAACCUAAUGAUAAUGAACCACUUGUCAUCAUCUUUGCCAACAGGCAUGAAAUCCGACUUUUGGAUCUUAAAAACAACACACUCUUAUCUCCUUUGGUAUCAAGUUUGCAGAAUGCUAUUGCUCUGGAUUUUCGUUAUUCUAAGUCUAAGUCUUUAGUGUUUUGGACUGAUGUCAAUAUGGAUAAAAUAUUUAGAGGAGAAAUAUAUGAAAAUUCUGUUUCCAAGAUAGAACCUAUAGUAGAGAAUGGUCUAGCCACCACAGAGGGCAUAGCUGUAGACUGGAUAGCCAACAACAUCUACUGGGUGGAGAGUAGUCUGGACCAGAUUGAGGUGGCCAAGCUGGAUGGCUCAAGCAGGGCCACCCUGAUAGCUGGCAACAUAACAAAUCCUCGGGCCAUCGUGCUGGAUCCCAGAGUCGGAAAAUUGUUCUGGACUGACUGGGAUGGACAUUAUCCAAGGAUAGAGUCCUGUUCCAUGGCAGGGGAAGACAACACAAGGAAGAUUGUCUAUGAUAUCCGUAAUCUGAAAGGUGCAGGUUGGCCCAAUGGGUUGACUGUUGACUAUGACACAAGGCGUUUGUACUGGGUGGAUGCUAGGUCAGACUCCAUCCAUACCAUAACGUAUGAUGGUGACAACUACCAGCUGGUUCUGAAAUCUAACGAGCAGCUCAACCACCCCUUCUCUCUGACAGUGUUUGGGAACUACGUCUACUGGACUGACUGGAGGUUCAACUCUCUGGUCAAGGCUAACAAGUUCAAUGGCAACGAAGUAACAGUCUUAUACAAAACAUAUCAGCAGCCUUUUGACCUACAGAUGUACCACCCUAUGCGUCAACCCCAGAUGAUCAACCCCUGCUUGAACUCCAAGUGUAGCCACCUGUGUCUGAUCGGAGAUAACCUGCAGCCUGUCUGCAGGUGCCCCCAUAGGUUUAAGUUGAAAGACAAAUAUACCUGUGAAGAUGACAAAACCUACCUGUUGUUCACCAAAGAAAGUGAGAUCCGAGGGGUGAGCCCUGACAAUGCCCACUACAACGUCAUCCCCUCCAUAACAGUGCCAUAUGUGGAGAAUGCCUCAUCUCUUGCUUUUGAUUUCCUGGAAGACCGUCUCUAUUGGACAGAUAUAAAAAAGAAUGUCAUCACCAGUGGCUUUUUGAAUGGAACUGGCAUCACCACAGUCAUUGAUUCUGGUCUUUCCAAUCCAUUUGGCAUUGCCAUUGACUGGGUGUCAAGGAACAUGUAUUUUUCCUCCUACACUGAAGAGUUCGGCUUCAUCUCUGUAGCCAAACUAGAUGGGGCCUACCGUAAAGAAAUAUACCGGUCAACUACACCCUCAAGGCCAACAUCCAUUGCCAUCCAUCCAUCUAAAGGGAUAAUGUUUUGGACUGACCUAGCGGGGGACACACAUUCUAUAUGGAAGGCCAACAUGGAUGGGACUGAGGCAAACAUUUUUGUCAAGGGCAUAAAAAAACCUUCCAGUUUGGCUGUUGAUAUGCAAAAAAAUCGCUUGUACUGGAUCAGUCUGGAUGCCAAUGGAUAUUUUUGGUGCGAUGUAUCCAGUAAAUGUAAUCCCAGCCAGGAGCUUAGCCAGUGGAUCAAAGAGCCUCUAUCCAUUACCUUCUACACAGCUAAAGGUCAAUCCGACCCUGUGUUUUUCUUCUACAACAAGAAUUCUAGUGUUGUCAAGUAUGCAAAUAAGACAGUAACCACAAUGAGACAGGACACACCAAAUGUCUCAGAUCUUAAAAUCUAUGAUCCAGCUAGUGUGCUGGGAGUUAGCAACCAGUGUGUGCGCAACAAUGGAGGAUGUGAACAGCUGUGUUUCCCAUCUCCCACUGGCAGUGUGUGUGAGUGUACAGUCGGCUACGAGCUUGUCUCUGAGAACAAGUGCAAAGGAAUCAACUCCUUUAUUCUGUACACACAAGGCUCUGAAAUCCAUGGUCUAACCCUGGGCACUAAACAAACCCCAGCAUUGGCUUCUAUAUCCAAGAUAUCACGGGCUUCCUCUGUGGACUUUUAUGCAGAGAAAGGUGAAAUCUACUGGGUAGACAGUGAACUGAGGCUGAUUUCCCGUAUCAAGAGGGAUCUCAGCGGCAGGCAGAUCAUUGUCUCACAGGGAAUAUCAGGGGCCGAAUCUUUGGCGGUUGACUGGAUCGCAGGCAACAUCUACUGGACUGACCAGGGCCACAACACCAUAGAAGUCACACGCCUGGACGGGACGAAGAAAUAUGUCUUGAUGCAUGAGGAUAUAGAAAAGCCAAGAUCAAUUGUUGUCAAUCCUUUACGAGGGUACCUGUAUUUUGCUAAUGGCGUAAACAACCCGAGCAUCAUACGCGCCAGGCUGGAUGGCUCGGAGAGAAAAAAUUUUGUCAUCUCAACACAAGCCAUGCCCUUAAAGGCACCGGAUGGCUUAGCCGUGGAUUACGAGACAGAUGAUCUGUACUGGUGUGACAAAGGCACCGACAUGAUUGAGAAAGUUACGCCCACAGGAGAAAGGUUUCAAGUGCUCAAGACAAACCUCACGGACUGCAUGAGUGUGGCUGUCCACAACGAUAAGCUUUUUUGGGCAGAUGGAACUGAUUUGCAAGGCUCUAUAAAAUAUAUGAAUAAAGACACUUCUAAGGUUGCUUCAAUCACAGUCCUCAAGACAAAUAUCUUUAAGUUGAAGGAUAUCAAAAUUUUUGACUCCAGAUAUCAAAAUGGGACCAAUCCUUGUAGUAUUAACAGUGGGGGCUGCCAGGAGUUGUGCUUGUAUCGUGGCCAAAACAAAUACACAUGUGCUUGUUCUCAUGGCAAAUUAAAGUCUGAUGGGAAAAGCUGUGACGAGCAUUCAGCUUUCCUACUCUAUUCUGAGGUGACCUCCUUGAGAAGCUUUAUCCUGGACAAUACAACAGACCAGAAUGCUCCACGCCAAUCCAUCCAGAAUGAGACCAACAUGAAGAAUGUUAUAGGCUUGACCUUUGAUUAUGCCACUGAGAGAAUAUUUUUCAGUGACAUCCAGCAAGGGAACAUCCAGUCCGUGUUUUUCAAUGGCACAGGGUUUAAGAUUAUUGUUGAAAAUGUGGGAUCUGCUGAGGGCCUGGCCUACGACCCAUUCCAGAACCACCUCUACUGGACCAGCUACUCAGGCUCAAGUGUCAAUCGCAUUUCUUUCAAACAGAAAACUCCAGUCACUGAGGUGUUUUAUAAACUGGACAGCACGGAUCACCCUAGGGAUAUUGUAGUCAACUCGUGCAUUAGACGUAUUUUCUGGACCAACUGGAGUGAACGACGUCCAUCUAUUCAAACAGCUUCCUAUAACAGUGAAGGUAAAACCAACACAGCUGAGUCGAUCAUCACAGACAAAAUCAGGACGCCAAAUGGUCUGGCCAUUGACCACAAGGGGCAGAAGUUGUACUGGUCUGAUGCCAGACUGGACAAGAUAGAACGAUGCAACUUUGAUGGAAGCAACAGAAUUGUAAUCGUUAGCUCUGUCCCACAACAUGCAUUUGGCCUGGCCGUGUAUGGAGACUUCAUCUAUUGGACUGACUGGAUGCUGCGGGCUCUCAUUAGGGUCAACAAGUAUGACGGCUCUGAUGUGACUUUCCUCAAGAAAAAUAUCAGCAGGCAGCCCAUGGGGAUUAUAGCUGUAGCCAAUGAUACUGAUAAUUGCAAGCUGAACCCCUGCUUUGAGAAUGCCUUUGGUUGUGCUGAGAAGUGUCUGGUGGAUGACAAAGGCAACCCAUACUGCAAAUGUGGACCUGAACAAAGGCUUCACACAGAUGGCAAGAGAUGUCUUUCAACCAUCCCCUCUAUACAAGAGCUGCUGAAGAAUUGUGAGGCUGAUGACUUUAUCUGUGAGGACAGGCAGCAGUGUAUUCCCUUCAACAGGACAUGCAAUGAUAUACCAGAUUGUCUUGACGCUAGUGAUGAAUCUGUCAGCUACUGCACCUCAAGAACAUGCCCUAUCAACUGGCACCAAUGCCAGAACAGCAGCAGGUGCAUCAUGAUGAACAGGCUGUGUGACUCGCGCAACGACUGCGGUGAUGGCUCGGACGAGCUGGGCUGUGCAUGUGCACCCAGUGAGUUCCAGUGCACUAUAGGGAUGUGCAUCCUGGCCAAGUACAGGUGUGAUUUUGACAGUGAUUGUCCAGACCAUUCUGAUGAAAUUGGCUGCAACAAGACCUGUGCUGAAAUAGAGAUAGGUAAUGUCAAGCAUGCAGGCUUGGUCUCAUGCAACACCACAUCCAUGUGCAUCUACCCCAACUGGAUCUGUGAUGGCAGCAACGACUGCUGGGAUAACAAUGAUGAGGCAAACUGUGAGACUAUUGUGCCUGCAGGCUGCACUGACCAUGCCUUCACCUGCGAUGAUGGGAAGUGUAUACUCCUGCAGUGGAGGUGUGAUAGCGAGCUGGACUGCACUGAUGGCUCUGAUGAGAAAAACUGCACCUACAGUUGUGGGCCUGACCAGUUCAAGUGUGAAGAAACUGUCUGUAUUCCAAAGUCUCAUGUCUGUGAUGGGAGGGAAGACUGUCCUAACGGCAUCGAUGAAAAACAUAACUGUUCACUGAACUGCACAGAUGAUCACUUCAGGUGUGACAAUGGGGUAUGCAUCUCCAGGGAGUGGCUGUGUGAUGGGGAACACGACUGCUCCAAUGGGGAGGAUGAGAGGAUGGAUGACAUUGCUAAAUGUGAACCUACAGCCUGUUCUUCUGACCAGUUCCUUUGUCUAAAUCGGCGCUGCAUCAGGAGUGAAUAUUACUGCGAUGGUGACAAUGACUGCGGAGAUAACUCUGAUGAGCCCAGUACUUGUGUUCCGAUGAACGGGGCGUGUAGUGAGAAUGAAUUUCAGUGUAAGAAUGACCUCAAGUGUAUUCCAGCAAGCAAGCGCUGCAAUGGUAGAUAUGACUGCCAGGACAGCACUGAUGAGAUUGAUUGCUCUGAUGUAGAGGAGAGGUUCAACUUCUGCCAAAACAAAUCUCUGUACCCGUGUGACAACCAGGUGUGCAUUGAAGAAGAUCUGCUGUGUAAUGGUAAAGAUGAUUGUGGUGACAACUCUGACGAGCCAAUCAACUGUGGGAUUGACGAGUGCAAGUCCAGACGUCCAGUUUGCAGUCAGGUUUGUGUGGAGAAAAAAAUCGGCUAUGAAUGUAGGUGCAACCCAGGCUACACUUUCAACGACACCUUGGACACGGAUACAAGCCAGAGGAAUCAGAUACUGAAAACUUCCCCCAACAGAAAGUGUGUUGAUGUGGACGAAUGUUUGACCACCUACCCAUGCAGUCAGUACUGCACCAACACAAUUGGCUCAUUCAAAUGUAGCUGUGCUGAUGGCUACAUGAUGCUGCCAGAUGGAAGGUCUUGUGUGGUAGCUGAUGGUAUAGAGGUUUUGCUUCUAGUCUCCAACAGAUACUACCUGCGCCUCAUCAGCACCAACAGAAACAACGUCUCUACCUUCACCAGCGAGCUGAAGAACUCCGUGGCCGUGGACUACGACUGGAAGGAGCAGAUGGUGUACUGGUCAGACAUAACUAAUGACAGGAGCAGCAUCUCCAGGAUGGGGGUCAACUUCACCUCCAGGCAGAACACAACUGCACCAAUGUACCUCCACACCAGCACAGUGCGUAACCCUGAUGGCCUGGCCGUAGACUGGGUGGGGCGUAACUUGUACUGGUGUGAUAAAACAACUGACACCAUCGAGGUCUCCAAGCUGGAUGGGAGAUACAGGAAAGUUCUGCUCAGAAAACAGCUGCAAGAGCCUCGUGCUAUUGAGGUGUUCCCGCAGAAGGGUCUCCUCUUCUUCACUGACUGGGGCAGCAACCCUCAAAUCAGUCGUAUGAACAUGGACGGCACAGACCUGAGGGUGAUAGUCAACCAAAGAAUCGUGUGGCCCAAUGGCCUCACCAUUGACUACGUCACAGAGAAGUUGUUCUGGGGAGAUGGAUACUUGGAUUAUAUUGGCAUGUCAGACCUUGAUGGCCAAAACUUCAGGUACAUCAUCAAAGACAACAGGAAAUUACCACACGUCUUUGCCUUGGGUAUAUUUGAAGGACUGCUGUACUGGACAGACUGGGAGCGCAGCAGUAUACUGUCUGCCUACAAGUUCUCUGGCAGCAACAUCACCAGGAAAACCUACUUUGUCCAGAAGCCAAUGGACAUCCAUGUUGUCCAUCCAUUACGACAAGUACCAGUUGUUGACAAGCAAGGCCUGAGCCCCUGUGACUACAAGAUGUGCACACACCUGUGCCUGCUGAGGCCUGCGGAAAACGGACAGGGCGUGGAGGCUGUGUGUGACUGCCCAGAGAACCACUACCUGGCCGAGGACAAGAGGUCAUGUGUGUCCAAUUGUACCAGCUCCCAGAUCCUGUGUGCCACCAGCUCCACCUGUAUUCCAUUCUGGUGGAAGUGUGACAACCACAGGGACUGUGAGGAUGGCAGCGACGAACCUGAGGGAGAGUGUGAACCAUACCACUGCAGUAGUGCCGGCAUGUUCCAAUGUGGCAAUGCAACAUCCUCAUCAGACUGCCUACUCCCCAACCAAAUCUGUGAUGGUACACAGCAAUGCACAGAUAAGUCUGAUGAACUGUACUGUGCCAACUACACCUGCAUGGACCACUAUUUCAAAUGUCAUCAAGACAAUAUUUGCAUACCGCAACAGAAAGUGUGUGAUGGACAAAAUGACUGCCCAGUAGGCAAAGAGGAUGAGAAAUCUUGUGAGGCUGUUGAAUGCCUGCCUGGUCAGUUCAGCUGUAAUAACAGCCGGUGCAUUCCGUAUGUCUGGAAGUGUGACGGGGAUCACGACUGCACUGACAAAAGUGACGAGGACAAUAACUGUAUGCAUGCAACAUGUCCCCCAGAUUUCUUCAAGUGCAAGUCAUCAGGAAGGUGCAUACAUGAGAACUGGAAGUGUGAUGGUGAUGCUGAUUGCGGAGAUCAAGAUUCCUCUGAUGAAAGUGAUGAAGAAUGCCAUGGACUAACAUGUGAGCCAACGUUCUUCCGCUGUACAAACGGACACUGCAUCCCUGGACGCUGGAGGUGUGACAACCACGAUGACUGCAGGGAUGGCGGGUCUGAUGAAAUGGAUUGCUAUAAGAAGAACUGCACCAGUGAUGAGUUCAUGUGUCAGCAUGGUAAAUGUAUCCCACUGAGUCUCAAGUGUAAUGGGGUGUUUGACUGUGCGGACAGAUCUGAUGAGCUGAAGUGUGCUCUGAACUGCAACAAGACAGAGUUCAAAUGUAGCUCAGUGGCGCAGUGUAUUCCCCUCAAGUGGCAGUGUGAUGGGGAGACUGACUGCACUGAUGGCACGGAUGAGCUGAAUUGCACACGAAGCUGUACAGAGAAGGAAUUCAAGUGUAACAACACCCUGUGUAAGCCCAGAGACUGGCAGUGUGAUGGCGACGACGACUGCGGCGACAACUCCGACGAAGACGAGACAUUCUGUUCCAUGAUUGCCUGCCCACCUGGUAAAUACAGGUGUAAGACACACAAGUGUAUCUGGAACAGUAUGGUGUGUAAUGGUCAUCAGGAUUGUCUAGAUGGGGACGAUGAAGACCCACGUAUCUGUUCCAAGGUCCAGGUCUGUGGCAGCCCUAACUUUGCCUGUGACCAAAACACCAAGUGCCUGCACCUGUAUCAGGUGUGUGACAACAACAAGGACUGCUCUGAUGGCUCAGAUGAAAACAAGACCAUGUGUGAGGCAUUUAACAGCAGCAAAACAAACAACUGCUCAGUGAACAAUGGUGGCUGUCAACAUGGGUGUGUUAACACGUCAUUUGGUCCCCUGUGUACGUGUAAGGAAAACUACGUGUUGAACCCUGACGGAAUGACGUGCUCAGUUGACAACCCAUGUAACCACUACAACAGCUGCUCACAGUACUGCGAGUAUAACCGUAAUGAAAAUAAAAAAAACUGCACCUGCGCUAAAGGCUAUAAGGCUGUGGAUGUUAAUGAUGGAAACAGAAAGGCUGUUCAUCAACACUGUUUAGCUGAUGGCCAGGAGCCCAGAGUUCUAAUAGCUCAGAGAGAUCAUGUCAUCCUACGACCCACGUUAUACGACAACAAGACUGAGAUCAUCACACCUACGUUCCAGACCAUCAGCAUCAUCUCCAUAGACAUGGACAUCCAACAAAACACAGUGUUUUACAUCAACCACACGUCCUCCGGCUACUUCCUCAUGAAGUCUGUCUUAGAGGACAACACUGUCGACGUAGGCAAGCGCAUGAAGAGACAGCUCAGCAGUAAAGCUCCCGAGAUCUUACAGCUCAACAACCGCCAGUUGUUUGAGAUGGGCGGCCUGGCUGUAGACUGGAUAGGUGAACACAUCUACCUGACCGACGUGUCCAACAGAGCAAUCUACGUCUACAAAUACCAGGCUCUGCAGAGCAAGCUGGUGGUCAAGGGCAACAUGGCCAGUCCGUAUGCCAUAGCUGUUGAUCCCAUUGCUGGAUAUAUCUUCUGGACUGACCGCGGGUCCCAUCCCAAGAUAGAACGUGCCAACCUGGAUGGAACUGACAGGACAGUGAUCAUCUCUCAUGAGAUCUCCUGGCCCAAUGGUCUGGCGCUGGACCACUUCCGUCGCUGGAUCUACUGGACUGAUACCAAGAAGAACACGGUGGAAGCUGCUAGAUAUGACGGAACACAUCGGCAGAUUAUUUUCUCCACCAACUCCCAGGAUCCACCUUUCAGCAUUGACCUGUUUGAAGACUACAUCUAUGUCCUGACCCACAAGACCAGUCAGGUUAUGAAGGUCCACAAGUUUGAUACCACCCCCAUCCCAUUGUUCGUCACAUUGGAGCAUGCCUUGGACUUAAUCAUUGUACAGGACAAAAAACAACCUAUUGUGAUGUCCAAUUGUACAAGCGAUAAAUCCCCGUGCCUCCAAACACAGAUGUGCAUCAACAAACCGCAGGAUCCCCAGGGUUACGUCUGUUUGUGUCCAGAUGGCGCCGAGUUGAAGGGGGACAAAUGCAACUACGAGAAACCUGCUGCCUGUGUCGACUAUUGUGAGAACAAUGGAGACUGCGAGGUCGUGAAGUUCAGUGAUAAACCAAAGUGCAGCUGUAUGCCACACUUCUAUGGUGAAAGGUGUGAGAAGAAUGCCUGUACUGACUACUGCCCCAAUGGGAACUGCUCCCUGCCAAAUGGUCCUGCAGGAAAACCUGUUUGCAAAUGUAAACCAGACUUCAGUGGCGACAGAUGUGAAAUCUACAACUGCGCCAAAUAUUGUUUGAAUGGUGGCAUGUGUAAAAUAAAUUCUCUUGGUGACCGGUACUGCUUCUGCCCACCCUUUUAUGGAGGACCACGUUGUGAGAAUAAACUGGACGUGCAAGACUGGUGUCCCAAGAGCUGCAAGAAUGGAGCAAACUGCACUGUUGAAAAACUUGGGCAUGUCAGGUGUGACUGCAAACCUGGCUUUACAGGUAAGCGCUGUGACCAGUGCACUGAUUUGACCUGCUCUAAUGGUGGCACAUGCUACAAGGACCUGUCCACAAAUGUCUCCAAGUGUAAAUGUUUUGACGGCCAACCUGGCACUCCCAACUGUGAUGAUGUCAAUUGUGCUGAGCUGUGUUUCUCUGGCAACCUUAAAUCUUUGCCUGAUAAAUGUGACUGUGACUGCCUGCCCACUUUCCUGGCCAGUGAUUGCUUAGACUGCCAGAAAAGCUGUCCAAAGAAUACAGUCUGUAGAAAUGUUAAUGGCAUCUCUGUGUGUGUGUGUGAUGAGAUCCACUCAGGCCCUGACUGUGAGACUUGCAAGUGUGGCACCACUGGCCAGUGUACUUAUGACAUCCAUGGAAAACCAUUUUGCAACUGUAGUGUGGAAACCUUUGGAGAGUUUUGUCAGUACCACUGUGUUGGUUCAUGUGGAGAGAAUGGCCAUUGUGCCUUGUGUUUUGAGAACACAACAAGCCGUGUGGGACAGUGCCGGCCAGAUAAGUGUGUAUGCAAGCCAGGUUUCAGUGGCAAGUUAUGUGAAGCUGCAGCCUCAGCUCAGAAUUCCGCAGACAGCAAUCCACUGAUGGUAUACAUACCCAUUGCUAUUGUCGCUGCUAUUAUCAUAAUUAUUGUGAUAGUUGUUUUAAUCUUAAGGAAGAAAAAGGGCCGCCUUUCCCAAUAUGGACACAAGCGUAUGGAUGAAAGGAACAACAUGAAUGUCACAAACCCUGUCUACAUGAAGAGAGAUGCAGAAGAUGAUGAUGAAGAUGAGAAUGAGCCUCUGAGAGGAGGGGUCAUUUUCACAGGAGAAACAGCAACAAACUUUGCCAACCCAAUGUACGAUGUUUACAGCAACGACAGCUCACAGAAGUUAUUAUCCAACGGAAUAGACAGCGAUAUGCGUGUAGAUUUUGUUGGAUCAGCUAAUGAAAGAGAGCUGCACUCAGAUGGCAACAGAAACCUGAUCGCGUAGCACUUGGUGAUAGCAGAGAGAGAUUGUGGGAUGGGACUGAGAGAUUGUUUGAAUGAGUGAAAGUGGAGUUGAGCAGUUGUAGACUUUGUUUUAAGUUUUUUGAACUUGAGACUAAAUGAAAAUACUGAUCCAGUCAUUGAAGUGUAUAUAAAAAAAAACCUGUUGAUAAAUGUCUGCAUUGAAUGAUAACUAAUUAUUCAGCCAUAAGUAAAUAAUCUACUUAUACUUAACCAUGAUUAGUCUGUAGUUUAAUUGAACUGGUUCCAUUGUCUAUGUGCUAUUAUAACUCACAUAGAUAUAAAAGUUUUGUACAUACAACAAAAAUGCCAGGGUGGACUGAUCAUGUAGCAAGGUGUGGACAAGUAUCUACACAUGUAGAUGGAAGUUUUGCCAAAUUUGUUUCGUUUCUUUUUCACACCUGUUUCAUUGUGUUGAUGUUUGUUGAAAAUGUACUUAAUCAAAAACAAAAAAAACGAAAGUAUGUUAGAAAAAAUGUAUUUCUCAGUUUUUAAAAUAUAAAAAUAUAAUUAUUUAAAAUGUAUACAUACUAUAUUUAUUGUGUGAUAUGGCUUCAAGCAGCUGUCGCUAGUAUUGAUUGCUUAAAGCAGCCAUGGUCUAGUACGGCAUACGCCAUCUAUUUUUGCUAUAAAAAGUUGCCUUCUUAUUACUCAAAAACAAGCAGCUGAUAACUCCCUUUUUUUUCUAAUACAAUGCUAUGAGAAAUUUUUUGCAUUGACAAUUUUUUUAAUAAAUAUUUGUUUUGUAGCCUAUAUUUUAACAUCUUACUCACAGGUUUUUAAAUUCCAUACAAAAUAGUUUUAGAAGUUUUAAAUGGCUAAUGUUUUUAGAGCUGUCUUUGUUCAGUCAUCUUACUUUUUCAUGUACAUAGACUUCCCAUUUUAUUUUAUGUUAUUUGUACAGCUAAAUUAAAACAUUGAUGAAAUCUGAAAAUGUUGGAUAUAAAAUAAUUUUUGCCAUUUGAAUAGAUGAUCUUUUAUCUGUCUUUUGAUGGAAAAUGUUUUUAAUGAUUAUUUUUGUAUUGUGUUGGGCAGUGUCUGAUCCAUUUUUAUUGUUUUGAUUAAUUAGUUUCACAAUCAGGCUAGUUUUACUUCCACAAACCUAUGUUGUUUUUCUUAUGUUUUAAUGUAGUUUAGAUAACUAACUAUAUAUACAUAUACAAUGUAGAUGUUUUUUAUUACAAAGAUUAACUGUAAUUUUACUUACAUUUGUUACAUUUUAGCUGAAUAGCCAAACUAAUUAUUAACCAAGUAUUUUUUAAGUUUGGCUUAUUUUUGGAAAAUACUUAUUGCAGUCGAAGAUCUCCUUUCAUGUAAAGUUACAAUGAAUAAAAUAUACAACAUACAUUCCAAACAAUGAAUAAAACUAUGUCCCUGGUUUUAAAAAUUUUAGUUAUAAAAUGAAACCAAUUUUUUUCUCUAGAAAUGGAGUGACAGUUAAUAGUUUGACCUGAAAGUUUUGUAUAUUUAAUGAUCUUUGACUCGUUUCACAUUCAUUUUUUUAAAAAUGUUUUGAAAUUAUUCAACAUAUCAGAAAAAACUUCCACUUAAAUAUUUAUUGUUUUAGUGUAAUUUGUGUUUCAAAUUUGAUAGCAUAUGUGAUCUUGCUUUUUUAAAAAAUUUUAUUGUUCUGUUUAUUUAUAUUUUACUUUUUAUAAACUACAUCUUAAACUGUCGUAGAUACAUCAGACACAAGAUUUUAGCAUUUAAGUUUUUUUUUUUUAAUUACCAUUAAAAA